AGGAAGGAAAUAUCGUUGUCAACCCAAAAUGGACCCAAAGUUCCCAUGUCCCCUCCUCUCGCGCAAAUCUAAUCCGCUUCCAGAUGUCGGAACGUACCGAAGAAUCAGAGGACAGCGAUGGCUUGAUCAAAGACACCUUUGAUGAGGAUACCCUUACUCAGCUGAGCAGCCUAAUCGCUUCUGGUCGAGGCGUUCGCAUGGAUGAGACGCCGGCAUUCAACAUGAGGCUCAUUGCCGAGGUUAAAGCGAGACGAUACCUCUACGAUCACACUGAUGAAGGGUAUAACCUCAUUCCAUGGCGAAACAAUGCCUGGGUGGAAAUUGCAGAUGCUCUUGAUUCAUCUCCUGAGCACGUGAAAACCCGCUGGAAGACAUUGCGUGAUCGAUUCAAGAAGGAAGAGAAAAAGGAGAAGAUGACGGGCAAGCCGGCCACAUGGGUGUUCCAGAAACCGUUGCGUUUCAUUCAGACUCUGCCUAAAGAACGGCUAUCAGAUGAUAAUGCAUCAGUUGUGAAAGACGAGCAACCAGAUAAUGGCCAUAUCUCUCCUAUGGAAACUGCCAUUUCAUUCAUAAAGCACGAGAUGAACCGCGCAGCGGAAGCAGCAGAAGCAGCUAUCGAACCCCCUUCUUCAUCGGAAGCAGCUAUAGACUCUCCCUCUAUGACGCCUCUGUCAAAUCAAGAUCCGUGUGAACUCGGCCCAGCUGAAAAACGUCCUCGAGUUAGCCUUACUGAACACAUUCUUCCUAUUCCGCCAAGCCGACUUCUCGCUCCACCUAUAUGGCAGAGAAUUGAGGACGAAGAGGAUGAAAUGUUCGGUCAUAUGGUUGCAUUGCGUCUGUCGAAGCUUAGUCCCAAAGCAAGAGAAAUGGCUAAGAUGCGGGUUAUGCAGGUACUGUUCGAAGCCCAGUUCGGCGCUCAGUCCUGAGGAUCUCGGUGUGCAUCUACGGUUGAUGCAUUUUUUGUUACUACCUUGUUUCAUGCGAUGAUCUUUUCCUACAUUUACG